GAUGGUGUCUCGAGUGGUUCGGUUGUCUUCUCUCCAACAUCUGGUGUGUGUUUCUCUUCUGGUUUUGUGUUGUCGGAGGAUUCGUCUUCCUCUUCCGGCUCUGACAACUCCUCUCCUGCAGCUGACAUCAUUGAGUCCCAGCUGGAAGACGACAUUGCACUCUCUGACUCGCUACUGGAAUUAGAUGAUGCCUCUGACAACUCCUCAUAUGUAACUGAUGGCAUGUCGCCCCCAACAGAAGAUGAGUCUGUUAGACAUAUCCUUUUCGGAGGUGGUUCCACUGAAGAAGAAUAGCAAUGAUCUUCCUUCUCUUGCUCUCCUACGUUUGGGUCUUC